AGAAUAAAAUGGCUAUAGUGAGAGUGGUGGGUCGGAAGGGUUUUGGUCAGGAAUAUCAUGCUAAAACAAUGGUGGAGGGCUUAUGGGUUUUGGUUGGGUUAGAGAGGGUUGUGACUUGUGACGAGGUGGGAGGAUGUUAGGUGGAUGGAUGGGGGUGAUGGCGGCUGAUGAAUUUUGGUUGAUUCCUUCUGGAUGCAGCAAAGGGGUUGUGUUGGAGGAUCCUGGGCCUUUAACUGGGUCACGACAGGGGUGGAGGAUCCUGGUUAUGGAUCUGAUGGGUAUGAGCUGCUGGGAUGGUUUCACUCUGAGGUGGAAGAGGAUAGAAAGGUGGAGUGUCAAAGGUUGGUGGUGGUCAGCAGAUUCAGGCCUAUGGUGGCGGUGCAGAUUGCUCCCCCUUUCAUGGUUUUCAGUGUUCUUCUUUGUCAAUGGUCCAGUUUUGGUCCUAGAUCUGGUUGGAGACUAUGUAGAGAGUGGAGGUGGAAGGCUACACGGCAGGCUUAGGUGGCUACAAUGGGGUGAGAUUGUGCGGCUGGGCUUAAGGCGGUGGUUUACUGGUGGUUGGGGUAUGAUAUUGAGGAAAUUGGAAGCGUGUUGCAGUGGCCGAAUUCUCUUUUCUAUUAGGUUUUUAGUUAGUGGUUUUUGGUUAGGUUUCUUAGGUCUUGGUUUUUGUUUAGGUAUAAUAAGUCCCUCCUCAAUUGAGCGAGGGUUAGGUUGUUUUGGUUUCGAGGGUGUGCCAUUGUUAUGGUGUCAUCUCUGGGGACUAGGUGUUUUGAAAGUUGUCAAUGUAAUGGGGAGAUGCCCCUACACAUAUACUGACAGUUUUGGUAUAUGGUGUUGGAAGGGGAUUGUCUCUUCUUGUGGUUGA